ACGCGUUUGCAGUUAGUAGAGACAAUGGUCGCCCUUAUGAUACUUGAAAAAGGUGGUACAUUUGUUCUGAAAAUGUUUACCAUGUUUGAAUGUAAUACAUUAUGUCGAAUGUAUUUGUUGUGUUGUGCUUUUGACUCGGUACAGAUAAAAAAACCGUUAACAAGUAAACAAGGAAAUUCUGAGAUUUAUGUUGUUUGUCGAGGUUUUAAGGGAUUUCAAUGCGUAGAACCUUUGAUACAUAAAUUUUUCUCAACUUCUAAUCGCACACUGUCUUAUAACUGUUUGUUUCCAUUGAACGAUUUGCCAAAAGAUUUCUUAUCAUCCGUAUAUAAGUGUUCCAAAUAUUUUAGUGAAUUGCAAAUGCAAAUUAUAGAGAAUAACAUAAAAUGGUUUUUCCAAAAAACUGAAAAUGAUAUUAAAUCAUUAACAGAAUUACAGUAUUGUGUCGCUAACACAUAUGUCAAUAGAUUUCAAAUAAAACCAAUUGACCCUUCUCAGGAAAUUGUUGGACAAAAUAAACUUAGAGCCAUUCAGUUUGAUCUACCGAAAGUUUCAACAACGAAGACAGACAUGAAUUGUUCAUUUGCCGAAAAAAUGCGUCAAGUGGAAUACCUAGAAUUAGAUGAAGCUAAAUUACUUCAAGAUCAAGUGAAUAGUUAUAAGCAAACUCCAUGGAAGUAUGAUGAUGAAGUUUCGUGGUUUACCGCAGAGGAUGCCAAAAUUGAUUUGUUUAGUUUGAAAAUGCAAAUGGGUAAGCCUGUUUCUAUAAUUCGUAGCUCAAAAUUUUGUGCAAAUGAACUUAUUGAUUACAACAAUCGAGCAAGAUCAUUAUUUGCUGUUCCAACAGAAGACUCUAUAAAUCGUAGAGAAUAUUUUCGGCUUCAAAUUCCAAAACAAGCGGUCCAUGGUCGAUUGAUUGUUUGUGAUGUAACAUCGAUUUAUGCCAAUGAUUGUAUAAACAAUAGUAGAAAACAGCUUGACUCUAUGAGUUUAAUUUUAGAAUCAUUGAAAAAACUUAAAGCUUUUGACAGUUUUUUGUUAAUUGGAUAUCCAUUACUUUCUCAAGUUAAUGUUGGUGUUUUCUAUGUGCUUGUUAAUAUGUUUCUUAAGACUGGAAUGAUCAAACCUGUUGAAAUGGGUCAUGCUUUUGUGUUUUGUUCAAAAAUUAAUGGUAAAAGUACAGAUGACUUAAUGUCCAUGUUGUAUAAUGUAAAAGAACAUAUCAAGGAUCUUAAUAUUACAGAAAUUAUGGAAAAGCAAGGCCAAUCCUUACUUUCCUUCCUUCCGAUCGAUAAACUUAUGUAUGAAUCAAUUUAUAAAGACAUUGUUGCUGUUAAUUGUUUGAUUAUUAUCAAUGACGUGAAAAAAACUAUUUCUUCUUACUUGCAACAAAAUGGACUAUGA